UUGUGGCACACAACAAUGCUAGCAUUUGUAUAUGCAUAUCGCAAAUUUCUAUUAUGUUACUUGUGUGUGUGUUCUAUUCUUACCCUAAAAAAAUGAUGAGAAAAUUUAUAUUUGUGUAUCAGCUUUGAUCUUAAGCAUGUAUAAUAUUGUAAAUUUCAACUGCUGCAGGGCAUGCCAAAGAACAUUGUUAUUGGCUCUCACGUUUGGGUUGGAGAUCCAGAAUUAGUUUGGAUUGAUGGACAAAUAAUAAAUGUAAAUGGAGAGGAAGCUGAGAUUCAAACUAGUAACGGGAAGACGGUUGUUGCAAAUUUGUCAAAAUUACAUCCCAAAGAUAUGGAAAAUCCUGAAGGUGGAGUUGAUGACAUGAUUAAGCUAGAAAAUUUGCAUGAGCCUGGAGUGCUGCAUAAUUUGGCAACUAGAUUUAAGAUCAAUGAAAUUUAUACUUAUACUGGAAACAUUCUUAUUGCUAUCAAUCCAUUCCAAAGACUCUCACACUUGUAUGAUGCUUCCAUGAUGAAACGUUACAAAGGAGCGCCAUUUGGAGAACUCAGCCCUCAUGUUUUUACAAUUGCUGAUGUUGCGUAUAGGGAAAUGAUUAAUGAGGGGAAAAGCAACUCUAUUCUGGUUAGUGGUGAAAGUGGGGCUGGUAAGACAGAAACCACCAAACUGCUUAUGCGUUACCUUGCCUAUUUAGGUGGCCAUACUGCAGCAGAAGGACGGACUGUUGAACGACAAGUUUUAGAAUCAAACCCUGUUCUGGAAGCAUUUGGCAAUGCAAAAACUGUUAAAAAUAACAAUUCCAGUCGUUUCGGAAAAUUUGUCGAGAUUCAAUUUGAUAAGAAAGGAAGAAUAUCAGGGGCAGCCAUUAGAACUUAUCUUCUAGAAAGAUCUCGUGUUUGCCAAAUUUCAGAUCCUGAGCGCAACUAUCAUUGUUUUUACCUUCUUUGUGCAGCUCCUCCUGAGGAGAAAGAGAGAUACAAGUUGGGAAACCCUAAAUCACUUCACUAUCUUAAUCAAUCAAAUUGCUAUGAACUGGUUGGUGUAAGUGAUGCUCAUGAUUAUCUCACCACUAAGAGAGCCAUGGAUAUUGUUGGAAUAAGUCAAAAAGAGCAGGAUGCAAUUUUCAGAGUUGUGGCAGCAAUUCUUCAUCUUGGCAACAUUGAUUUUGCUAAGGGGGAAGAAAGUGAUUCAUCAAUUUUAAAAGAUGAAGAAUCCAAAUUCCGUCUUAAAAUGACUGCAGAUCUUCUCAUGUGUGAUCCUCAUGCAUUGGAAGAUACAUUGUGUAAGCGUGUAAUGAUUACCCCAGAAGAAAUUAUAAAGAGAAGUCUUGAUCCUCAUGGUGCAGCAGUUAGUCGGGAUGGUUUAGCAAAGACAAUAUAUUCUCGCUUGUUUGAUUGGUUGGUGGAUAAAAUCAAUCUCUCAAUUGGGCAAGAUCCAUCCUCAAAAUGUCUGAUAGGGAUCCUUGACAUUUAUGGUUUUGAAAGCUUUAAAACUAAUAGUUUUGAGCAGUUUUGCAUCAAUUUUACAAAUGAAAAGCUGCAACAACAUUCCAACCAGCAUGUGUUCAAGAUGGAGCAAGAGGAAUACACAAAGGAGGAAAUUGAUUGGAGCUACAUAGAAUUUGUUGAUAAUCAAGAUGUCUUAGAUCUUAUCGAAAAGAAACCAGGUGGCAUCAUUGCUUUGCUGGAUGAAGCUUGUAUGUUUCCAAAGUCAAAUCAUGAAACCUUUUCACAAAAGCUUUACCAGGCAUUCAAAGAUCAUAGACGCUUCAUCAAGCCAAAACUGACGCGCUCAGAUUUUACCAUUGUUCAUUAUGCAGGAGAGGUUCAGUAUCAGUCGGAUCAAUUUUUAGACAAAAACAAAGACUAUGUUGUUGCUGAACAUCAAAAUUUGUUGAGUUCUUCCAGUUGUUCGUUUGUAGCAGGCCUUUUCCCUUCUCUUUCUGAUGAGGGAGCCAAAUCAUCCAAGUUCUCAUCCAUUGGUUCUCGUUUUAAGCUACAGUUGCAACAGUUGAUGGAUACACUAAAUUCCACAGAGCCCCACUACAUUAGAUGUGUGAAGCCAAAUAAUUUUUUAAAACCUGCAAUAUUUGAGAAUAUCAAUGUCUUGCAACAACUACGUUCGGGUGGUGUUCUAGAAGCGGUCAGAAUCAAAUGCGCUGGAUACCCUAUUCACAGGACCUUUGAUGAUUUUCUAAAUCGAUUUGGUAGCCUUGCACCAGAGGUUUUUGAAGGGAACAGCUAUGAAGAAGAGGUAGCAUGCAAAAAGAUUCUGGAGAAGAUGGGGCUUACAGAUUAUCAGAUAGGUAAAACAAAGGUUUUCCUAAGAGCUGGUCAGAUGGCCGAGUUAGAUGCACGGAGAGCAAGCAUACUUGGCAUCUCAGCCAAGGUCAUCCAAAAACAUAUUAGAACCCAUAUUACUCGUAAAAUGUUUGUUAAAAAGCGGAAGGCUUCUAUUCAUAUACAAUCCUUUUGGAGAGGGGAACUGGCUCGCAAAUUAUAUAAGCUCAUGAAAAGAGAGAUAGCUACUGUCAUAAUUCAGAGAGAUUUGCGUAGACACCUGACUAGAAAAGCCUACAUCAGAAUUAAAUUAUCUACAGUGGUCUUGCAGACAGGUUUACGGUCAAUGGUUGCUCGUAUUGAAUUUAGAUACAGAGAGCGCACAAAGGCUGCAAUUGUCAUUCAGGCCAAUUGGCGCUGCCAUAGAGCUUUCUCAGACUAUAAGAAGCUUAAGAAAGCAUCAAUCAUUUUGCAGUUCAGAUGGAAAGUAAGAAUUGCCAACAGAGAACUUAGUAAACAAAAGAUGGAAGCAAUCAAAGCGGCUUCCCCAGUAAUCAGAGAACCCUCACAUUCUGACAUAGAUGCUGAAAAGAUUGAGACUCUCACCAUGGAAGUGGAAAAUUUGAAGGCCUUGCUGUGGGCAGAAAAACAAAGAGCUGAUGAGUGUGAAAGGAAAUAUGCAGAAGCCCAGAUAACAAAUGAAGAAAGACGUAAAAAAUUAGAAGAAACUGAAAGAUUAGUUCAUCAACUUCAGGACUCCUUCAACAGGAUGACAAAUUCUAUGUCAAAUCAAGUCUCAGAGCUGAAAAUGAUAUUGUCUACAUCAAAUUUGAGUUCAAUUUCUGGAAACUUUACUGGAGAGGAUCAGAUUGAAUUCAUUUCAAGUGACUCAGAUUCAUCAUCAUCUAGCUCUGAUUUCACUUUUCCAGCUCCAGCUCCAACUUCGCCAACCUUUCCUUCUGUCAAGCCAAGUCCAUUCCAGCUGAUAAUUCAGGAUAUUUCAGCAGCAGAAUUAUCAGGAUUUGAAAGUGAGAGGGCAUUUGAUGAUUUCUUCUGAUGGAACUUCUUUCUAAUCAAUCUAGCUUAGGUAUUAGUUCCAUAGAAUGUGGACCUUUUGGAAUUCUAGAAUAGGCAUACAAUUUAAAGAAGAUCGUAGAUGGACAUAGAAGUUUCUCUAGGAUGCUUUAGAACCAAUUAGUCAGGUAAUCUUAACAAAAUCAUCUUUGUAAUUGUAGAUUAAUAAUGCUAGUACACUGACAUUCAUUCUAAUUUUACCUCACUCUAACAACGGUCCAAAAGUGCAACAAAAAAAAAAUGUACAUUAAACACUCAAAGCUAUAGCAUAGUUUAUUCUUUGCUGCUUUUGUUUUUACUUUUUUUGGUGAUCAAAUAUGAAAUUGUGAGGGGAUCUGCAUGGUGCUCUUCAUCAACUCAAUAGAUCAUUUAUAGAUGUAGAGGCCUCAAAAUCAACUGUAGAGAAACAGCAGGAGAACUAUCACCUUCUAAUCUAUGUACGGCAAAGCAACAAGGCUUCACAAGAGGACAUCGGUCUUAUUGCAAUAUGUGCUACAUUGGAGAUAAACUCAAGCAAUCAUCGUGUACCGGGAAGAUUACGAGUGACACCAAAUUUAUAUGUAAAAUUCUCUAUUCAUUUCUAUUGGGCCCUUUUUUCAA